UGCCACACUGGAAGAACCUCAACCUGGAGCUGAACGAGAUGGAAAACUGGACCAUGGGGCUCUGGAAAUCCUGCGUCAUCCAGGAGGAAGUGGGGAGGCAAUGCAAGGACUUUGACUCCUUCUUGGCCUUGCCAGCCGAACUCCAGAUCUCCAGGAUCUUGAUGUCUCUGUCGAAUGGGCUGGGGCUGCUGGGGCUGCUGGCCUCUGGCUCUGGCCUGGACUGCUUGAGGCUUGGAGAGACCCAGAAGGAUCUGAAGAGGCGGUUGCUUAUCCUAGGAGGGCUCCUGCUCUGGACUUCGGGCGUGAUGGUCCUGGUUCCUGUCUCCUGGGUGGCCCACAUGACAGUAGAGGAGUUCUGGGAUGAGACUCUGCCUGAGAUUGUGCCCAGGUGGGAGUUUGGGGAGGCCCUUUUCCUUGGCUGGUUUGCUGGCUUCUGCCUUGUGUUAGGAGGGUGUCUGCUUCACUGUGCAGCCUGCUCAAGCCCAGCUCCUCCAGCCUCGGGCCGCUAUGCA